CUGUCUCUACUCUUUUCUCCCAUUUCCCUGGCUCUGCCAGGCUGUCUCCCUGGGCGCCCGCCUCCCCACCCACCCCUGGAGGGCGGGGCUUGGCUGCACCCACGUGUGGCGGAGUUAUAUGCUCCCAGCCGGCAGAGGAGCUGGGGAGUGUGGCACUGAGCGGCUCAGGCAGAAGACCGGCACCAUGGCUGGCAAGAAAGUCUGCAUUGUAGGCUCAGGCAACUGGGGCUCAGCCAUCGCCAAGAUCGUGGGUGGCAAUGCAGCCCAGCUGGCACGCUUUGACCCACGGGUGACCAUGUGGGUGUUUGAGGAAGACGUCGGGGGCAGAAAGCUGACAGAAAUCAUCAACACACAGCACGAGAAUGUCAAAUACCUGCCAGGGCACAAGCUGCCCCCCAACGUGGUGGCUGUCCCGGACGUGGUCCAGGCUACAGCAGACGCUGACAUCCUGAUCUUUGUGGUGCCCCAUCAGUUCAUCAGCAAGAUCUGUGCCCAGCUCAAGGGCCACCUGAAGGCAAACGCCAUUGGGAUAUCUCUAAUUAAGGGGGUAGACGAGGGCCCCAAUGGGCUGAAGCUCAUCUCUGAAGUGAUUGGGGAGCACCUGGGCAUCCCCAUGAGUGUGCUGAUGGGGGCCAACAUUGCCAACGAGGUGGCUGAUGAGAAGUUCUGUGAGACAACCAUUGGCUGCAAGGACCUGGCGCAGGGACAGCUUCUGAAAGAGCUGAUGCAGACACCGAAUUUCCGCAUCACGGUGGUGCCAGAGGUUGACACAGUAGAGAUCUGUGGGGCCUUAAAGAACAUCGUGGCUGUGGGAGCUGGCUUCUGCGAUGGGCUGGGCUUCGGCGACAACACCAAGGCUGCAGUGAUCCGCCUGGGCCUCAUGGAGAUGAUCGCCUUCGCCAAGGUCUUCUGCAGGGGCCCUGUGUCCUCUGCCACCUUCCUGGAGAGCUGUGGUGUCGCUGACCUCAUCACCACCUGCUACGGAGGGCGGAACCGCAAGGUGGCGGAGGCCUUUGCCCGCACAGGAAAGUCCAUUGAGCAGCUGGAGAAAGAGAUGCUGAAUGGGCAGAAGCUGCAGGGGCCCCAGACAGCCCGGGAGGUACACAGCAUCCUCCAGCACAAGGGCCUGGUGGACAAGUUCCCUCUGUUCAUGGCUGUGUACAGGGUAUGCUAUGAGAGCCAGCCCGUGGGGGAAUUCAUCCGCUGCCUGCAGAAUCAUCCAGAACAUAUGUGAGCGGGGCUGUGGCCCAGGCCAGGCAGCUUCUUUACCCCAGUGGAAACAGGCAGAAGCUUGGGUACCUGGCCACCAGGAUCUCCGGGACUCCCCACAGAGCAGCCUUUGCUCAGCUUUUCACUGGAGGACAGGAAGCUGUGGGGCCCAGCUACCUGCCUGGAGACCCUGAACCACCAAGCUGCUGCAGCCUCUUGCUACCACAUCUCACCAGAAAUGGAGAUGUCCUGUCCCUCUCCAGAUGUAGGGCUUUCUCCCUGUCCUCUGGGAAGCCCCAGUGCUGCCUGCCUGGGUGUGUGUGGUGGAGCAGAUGGUAGAGGGAGAGGGAGGCGAGACAAGGGCUAUCCACUGCUGCCUCACACAGAAUAGGAAUCCUUUCCCCAAGCCCAGUUAAGUAGUAGCUAAAGAGCUAUGAGGUAAGGGCUGCCAGGGAGGGUCUGGGCUUUUGAGCUGACGUAGGGACCUUUGCUCUGACCUCUGCCAGCCCCCACACAGCAUUAAGGGAUCUCAGUGUUUGUUAACAAAAUACAAAGAUCUCAACACCCUUGCCCUCCCAGCUUCUCCUAGCAAUACCUGCGUCCUCAGAAACCUCUGGUCAUUCCCUCCCCCACCUCCCCCGGCUGCCCUGGCACCAGAGUUUCUGCCAAGCUGGCAUCUCUGGCCCGGGGCCUUUUAUUCUCCCCAUGGACUUCCUCGUUCCUAGUUCUUGGCCAGCUCCUCCCCACCGUGCAUGACCUUUCGGAGCCUUCCCUUACCCUCCCUGCCAGCACCCUCUUUGGGGAGCAGGAACUUAAUCUGCUGACAGAGCUACACCUUUUCAUAACAGGCUCAGAUCCCUCAGCUCCCUGUGACCUUUGUAUUUACCCUGCCUCCCUUCUUAGGAGCCCUAGUGUGUUGUGGGGGGAGGAGAUUUUAGCUGGGUCCCUCCUCCUGCUAUCUCCCCAGGAUUGGCUCCACCCUUUUCCUUCUCCCAAACCCUGUACCUAUUUCUCAACUGCCUGCAGAGCAGCCAGGGAAGCUAAGCAACGCCUGUAUCUAGAGACCCAGGAGCCAGAGAGUGGCCCAAAGGCUGAUCAGGGGUAGGGAGGGGUGAGCAGGUCCCCAUGUUGGUGGGUCCUGACAUUCCAAGGCCAGCUCUCCUGUGUCAUCUGAAGGCCUUGUCACGAGGUAUAUAUUAGCACAAGAGCUGGGAAACUCAAGGAGGAAAAAAAUGAAAACCACUCUAUCCCCUGGGGUGAGGGAAGAACAGAAAGGGGAGGAGGCAGAGGACUGGGCCUUGCUCCAGGAUGGGGUGGCAGUGGGGGAAUGUCACAGGUCAGCAGCCUGGGCUCUGGGUUUAUAAAUAGUCCCCGAGAGCCUAAAGGCCUCCAGCUGAGGGUCUCAGCUUCCUGUGUGGCAGCACCUGGCACAUCACAGCUGUGGCCAGCGUUAAGUUAACCCUCCCUUAUUCCUGACCAAACCAGGGAGGCAGGCUCCUUUCAGUCUCUAGCCCUUGAGAAUUCAUUUUCUUACCAGCGAAGGGCAGAGCUGCCUGGAUCAGGCACUGGGAGUGAGGAGCACAGUCACCCCACAUCUGGCUGGGCUCAGGUGGGGAUCACCGACUGAAUCCAGGAAGUCAAAGUGGGGGCAGAAAGACAGCUCCCUUCCCUCAGCUGCAGCUGCGACCUUGUUAGACAAACACUUUUGCCUACUUUUGUUCACUCCACAGUUAACUGAAUUUGAGGCCUUCUAAUCAGGCCUACAUGUCUACCCAAUAAAGCCUUUUUCCAGAAA